ACAUGGAAACAGAAUAAGGGGCUUCACAAUUUUUACUGAUAUAUUUUUCCAAUAAUCUUUUGAUUCAAUGUGACUUCAUCCUUUAAUCUAAAUCCAAAUGUUUGACUGCCCUUAAUGUUUUUCAUAGGAGGACUGAAGUUGUGUUAAAGGUGGGCCCUGCAUCAUUCACGGAAAAACCUUUUUGUAACAGUUAGCUAGUUUUUCCUCACCUGCCCUGAGAUAAGACCCAACGGACUCUAAUUAGGAAAAGAUGUUGUCCUCCAGUGACCACCCCAUGUGAGAGGAGGGACUGAAGGGACCAUUCAAGGAAGUUAUGGGCCACUUCCUUCAAAAUUGCUGAAAAUAUCUGCAACACAAUAGCUUCUGAUAUCAGUGAGAUUCUUUAUCGGAAUAGCAGAGAAAAGCUGAGAGUGGACUGAACUUUUCCUGGGGUUGUCCCACACACUUCUGGAUAGGGAGAGGUUUUCCUGGAUUAUUUGUAUUUACAGAGAAGUUCUUAUAGUUAACAGUUAUUUAUUUAGUUAAUACAUUACUGAUUAGUUAUUAGGUUGAGAUCAUUCUCAAGACUUCAUGUCAGAGAAAGCCAUUGUGGAGGACACGGAGAUAACAGGAACUGAAGAGGUCAGGAGGGUGGAUUUCAUCAUCUGAGUGAGCACAGUCUUUUUCCAUCUACCUCAGCAUUAUUAAAGCCAGCUGGCCUCGCCCUUACUGGCCAACUAAAAGUACUGAGACUAAGCCUAUGGCAAGUCUAAGAUAAGGCAGGUCAGCUACGUGGUUGUGGUUUUCCGCAGAGUGCUGAUGUUCAUAGCUUCCUGCAAGACACAUCAAAGGGGACAAAUGUUCCGAUUACACAUUUGCAUAUGGCUUUUGGCGCCUUUGCUAAUGGGCUGUGCUGGUCAACCUUGUGCCCCGGAUGAAGACAUCUGUACAAACAUGGAUGUCUAUGAUGAAACAGCAACGUCUGUUCCUGUCACAUUGAAAGCUGGAACCAAAGAGGUCUUUUUUGUGGGCAGUCAAUUCAGCUCAAUUCCAAAAGGAGCGUUUGCCACCAAUCCUCAGCUUGAGAAGAUCGAGUUCCUUGGUACCAUAACAGAUUCCAUUGAGACUGGAGCAUUUGAGGGAUUAAAUAACAUUAAGAUCAUUGAGAUAUCUAGUACACCGCUGGAGUCAGUUAACGUUGGAGUCUUUCAGGAUUUGAGCAGCCUUGAAACUCUGGUCCUGAAAAACAACAAAAUCCAGAAUUUACAGAAGGGCUUAUUUGAUGGUCUUGAGAAACUCAGAGAACUACAGCUGCACAUUAAUGAGAUUGUCACCAUUGAGGAAGGAACAUUUGAUCAGCUAGAAAAUCUUCAGACUCUUCAUCUGGCAAAGAAUAAUCUUAGCUCCAUUUCAUCAUCUCUCCUUUCAAAAUUGAAGAAGCUCGAAAAAAUCAGAUUGUAUGAAAAUGAAUUAACAUCCCUACCUGAUGGAUUAUUUGACAAUCUACAAGGUCUUACAGAGAUUGCUUUACAGAACAACAAAAUAUCAUACAUACAGCCACAAUUAAUUCAGAAUAAAGACAAAUUAGAAAAGUUAUUUCUAAGCAACAACCUCUUAACGGAGCUGCCACCGCAGAUGUUUGUCAACUUUCCAUUACUUAAAUCAUUAACACUGCAGAGUAAUCUAUUAACACAUCUCCCCCCAAACGUAUUUGGAGAAAAGCCUAAACUUACAGAAUUAAGCUUGAAGACCAACAAACUCACCUCACUUCCUCCAGGAGGCUUGAAAGGCCUUUCAAAGCUGCGUAAAUUGGAUCUGUCUGAGAAUCAGUUUGAAACUGUGGGAGGGGAGUUUUUUGAUGGUCUGGAGAAGGUCACAGACCUUAAUCUUCAGAAAAAUGUUAUUAAAUCCCUUACAUCAGACAAUUUUGAGAAACUUAAAUCUCUAACAACCCUAAGGCUUUCUAAAAAUGAACUGAAAUGGCUUCCAGAUGAUGUUUUCAGUUCUCUACCAAAAUUGAGUAAAUUAUACCUGGAUGGCAAUCCUUGGUAUUGUGACUGUAACCUAAUACCCUUAUACAACUGGAUGAAAUCACAUGAAAAGAUCUUAAAAUCUCAACCACUAUGUGCCUCACCUGAGUCUUUGAAAAGCAGAGAGAUCAUCAGUCUAGAAGAGAGUGACUUCAUAUGCCCCACUACACUGCCAACCACAACAACCUUACAAACCACUACCACACCUGUGCCCACAACAACCUUACAAACCACUACCACACCUGUGCCCACAACAACCUUACAAACCACUACCACACCUGUGCCCACAACAACCUUACAAACCACUACCACACCUGUGCCAACAACAACCUUACAAACCACUACCACACCUGUUGCCAACAACAGCCUUACAAACCACUACUACACCUGUGCCUACAACAACACAGACUACAACACUGCCGACCACAACAGCUACAACUACAUUAUCAGUAACUAUGACCACUCGGUCACCAACCACCCCAACCCAUUUCACCUGGUUCAGCACCCAUUGUCCUGA